CUCUAACUCGCUCUCUUUCUACUUCUUUUCUCUUUUAGCGACCUUUUUAUAUAUUGCUAUAUAUUUUUUUCUUUACAAAAACAAAAAAAUUACAAAAACAUCCAGAAAAUAACCGUAAAAGAAAAAAAAAAGCAGAAUUUAUUUCUUCCAUUUUUAAUUCAAAUUUUCCUUCCAUUUAUUUUUACUCUUUAUUUUAUGCUGUCCUUUGGUACCAUGUUUUUUUUUUUCUGUAUUUUAACUCCAUCAUAUUUUUUAACAUUCUCCCAUUCCUUUUCCCUGACUCCUGGUAGAAUCUGACAUCCACUUCGACUCGUAGUUCCAUCCUUCUUCAGGAUAACCCAUUCUCUCUCCAUUUUCCUCCCCCUCUCUCUCUGUAUUUUGCUUCUCUCUCUAUCUUUCUUUAUUCUCCUCCCUCCCCACUCUCAAUUUUCUUCCAUAUCUUUCACUAAUUUUCCCUCUCUUUCCUCUCACUCUCUGUCAUCUCUCCCCCUCUAACAAACAUCCUACCCUGUCUAAAUUUCCUCCCUACCUCCUUCUUUCCUCUCAUCCCGUACACAUAUUCUCUAUUACUUUUUUUUUUUUAAGCAUCUUCCCCAUUCAUAUACCCUACCUAAUAUUUCAUUCCCUCUCUUUCACUUCCAUCUCUCUCUCUCUCUAACUCACCCUCAUAUUCCCUCCACCUUUCUCAGUCAACUUAACAAAACAGUCUCACACAUACACACACUUUCCUUACUACAGCCACCACCACCACCACCACCACAACCACCAUCACCACCACACUACUACUACUAUUACUACAGCUGCUGCUACUGAUGACCAGGGAGUCUACUCCUUCGCAAACAAUGUCCGAGUCGGUCAGUAAACUUCACCGAUCCAAGUUCAAGCGCGGGCCUCGCGGGACAGCUGGACGUACACUUCCUUGAUGCCACUUUCCAUGCUGCUCCUAUGUUGAGACUUCAAAGUCCAAUGUUAAUUUGAAUUAGAAGAAUCCCUGGAGGUGUCAGAAAUACAUCUAUCCUUCCUUUCCCACCAUCCUCUCAAUUUAUGAGUAUGUGGCACGUUGAAUAAAUUUUGAUUUUAAGGCUGGUCUUCUGUUCAUGGGCCGCUGAGAACAUUGUUAGUCUUGUGACGUCUGUGAAACUACAUUCAAUCCGGACAUACAUAGAACAGACAAGAAAAAGAGAAAAAAAACAGCAACAACAUUGACAAUAACAUUAACAACAAUACUCAAUGUUCUUUUCAUUUCCACAUUUGAUUGAUUUUUGAACUUGGAUAAACUGAUUCAUUAUCGCACAAGUACCAACCCAUUGCCAAGAUGUAUCCUUUUCAACCGAUGUUUCCAAUGACCAACCAACCACCGCUGUAUAGUGGGCAGCCGGUUUAUCCAAGCAGUUAUCCAAAGUGUCCAGAAAAGACAAUGCCACUUGCUGAAAAGACUUACAGUUCAGGUGAGAUGGGCAGGAAAGAUGUUCCUACCACUCUAGGAUCACCUUCAGCAAUGGACGAGGCUGGCAGAGAGUCGCUUCCACCCCAUCACUCUCCCUCGCAUAUGUAUGACAACAAGCUACCGCAACAUCAGCCAUUGGAAAAAGAUUUCCAGUGUAGUUUCUGUAAAAAAGGAUUCUCAAAUCAGUUUUUUCUAAAGAACCAUGAACUCACUCACACAGGACUGAAACCUUUUGAGUGCAGUUACUGUGGAAAAGCCUUCACACAGAAAAUCAACCUUAAAAAUCAUCUGCGAACUCACACUGGAGAGAAGCCAUUCCAGUGUACAGUUUGUAAUAAAUCUUUUAGUCAGCGUGGUAAUUUGAAGCUUCACCUUAGAACGCACACUGGGGAAAAACCAUUUGCCUGUGAUGUCUGUGGGAAAGCCUUUUCCCAGAAGAUUAAUUUAAACGACCACAAAAGACUUCACACAGGAGAGCUCUACUAUUGUCAGUUCUGCAAGAAACCAUUUUGUAACCAGUUUUUUCUAAAAAUACACGAACGUACACAUACAGGGGAGUUGUAUAAAUGCACGUUCUGUACAAAAUCUUUCACUUUACAGAUAAAUUUGAAAAAUCACUUAAGAACACACACAGGAGAGAAACCAUUCCAAUGUAAUGUCUGUAAUAAAGCAUUUAGUCAGAGAGGUAACUUAAAACUUCAUUUGAGAACCCAUACAGGAGAGAAGCCAUUCGCAUGUGACAUAUGUGGAAAAGCAUUUUCUCAAAAGAUCAACUUGAAUGAUCAUAAGCGUAUACACACUGGAGAGUUAUUUUAUUGUAGCUACUGCAAGAAAUCAUUUUGUAACCAGUUUUUUUUGAAGAUCCAUGAGCGUACACACACUGGUGAAGUGUUUAAAUGUGAAUAUUGUAGCAAAACAUUUUCGCAGAAAAUCAAUCUUAAAAAUCAUGAAAGAACACACACUGGUGACCGACCAUUUCAGUGCCAUGUUUGUUCAAAAGCUUUCAGCCAAAGAGGUAACUUAAAACUCCAUCUCAGAACUCAUACAGGUGAGAAACCAUUUGCCUGUGAUGUCUGUGGGAAAGCCUUUUCCCAGAAGAUUAAUUUAAACGACCACAAAAGACUCCACACAGGAGAGCUCUACUAUUGUCAGUUCUGCAAGAAACCAUUUUGUAACCAGUUUUUCCUCAAAAUCCAUGAACGUAUACACACCGGGGAGCUGUAUAAAUGUGAUUAUUGUCCCAAAGAAUUUACUCUUCAAAUAAAUUUGAAAAAUCACAUGAGAACGCACACAGGCGAAAAACCAUUUAAAUGUAACCUGUGUGACAAAGCUUUUAGCCAGAGAGGUAAUUUGAAGCUUCACCUUCGCACCCAUGCUGGAGAGAAACCAUAUUGUUGUGACCUUUGUCCUAAGGUAUUCUCGCAGGCUGGUAACUUGAAAACUCAUCUUCGUACUCAUACUGGAGAGAAGCCAUUUAAGUGUGAAAGUUGUGGGAAAUCUUUCUCGCAAAAGGCAAACUUAAACAAUCAUAGGCGCACACGUACAGGUUGUGAACUCUUCACGAAGAAUCCACAACCACAGGCAUCGCAAAUGCAUUCGCUGUCAUCUCCAAACUCUUCUUCAUCUUUGUUGAACAGUGGAAGCCGAAUGAGUCAUCAGUCCUCGAACCACACCCAAGAAAAGCCUCCGUCUGCAUUCAGCACAUGUGAGAGUGAAUCUCAUAUUGCCACUCACAAACGGCCUCGACCCGGCUGCGAGCCUCCCCUCCCUCAACCGCCCCCUUCGAUGUUGAGUGGGAACAGCACGCCUACUCACUCCACACAUCCGCAGAACAAAAGCUCUUCCCCAUUUAAUACAUACAGCCCAGAAACACAUAGCAACAAACAUCAUCAGCACAUACCAAAUUCUUCAUCACCACCAAUCUCAUCGUCUUCACAUAAAAACAGCAUGAAAGUCAAUCAGGGUGGUUCACCCCACCCCGGGCCCAUGUCAUUAGCACAUCACCGAGAUCCUCAUGUGCAAUCCACCCAGUUACAGACUCCUUCAAUCCCAGUUUCUCAUACAUCCACCCCAGCAUAUCUGCACGAAAUGCCACAGAGUUGGGAGAGCAACUAUCUGUGGUCUAGAGGGUACCCCAUGCCUCCUUUGCUUGGUUCCAGCUGGCCUAGCGUUCCUUCGAGCUAUUCCUGUGGGGUCAAGCAAGGUAAACAAACUUCUUGGAACAACAUCCAAGGCAUUCACGCACCUUCUAAGAGUAACUCCGACCACUACGGCAAUGACAAAUAAAAAUUUUAAAAAUUAAAAACAACCUAACCAAUCAAACAACCAAUAAUAUUUGGAACAUUCAUAGAUAUGAAAAUAACAACAACAACAACAGCAGCAGCAGCAGCACAAACUGUUAAUAUUAGUAGUUGUAAUGAUAGUAAUAAUGAUAAUAAUAAUAAUAAUAAUAAUAAUAAUAAUCAUAAUAAUAAUUAAAAACACCUUGAACGUUUUCUUUCCCUGUCUACUUAAUUAUGUUUCCUCAACUUUGAUUUUAUAACUCGACCUGUGUUGUUUCAAAUUUCAUUUUAUCAAUGGUGUUAACAUUUCCUUCAUCGGAAUUUCAUGAAAAUUUUGUCAAAGCAGUCUGUCCUACAAAGUGAGACAUUUCUUCCCCACCUACCCUGAAAAAGCAGAAUCAUCUGUGCUGGUCAAAUUCUAAUAUUAGAAACUCACCGAAAGUUCUGACGACUGUUUAUGGCUCCUCUUGAUAAUUUUUUUAAAAUUAAAAUUUUUUUUUUUUAAUGGAGAAGAGCUGCUGUGUUGUAAAAGCAUCUGAUUGAUUUUUAGCUCAAUGUCUCCUGCCUUGAUGCCUAUUACAGUAUAUAAAUAUACGACAGACUCUGUUAUUGAACACCUUUUAUGCAAACAUCAUGGAUUCCUCUUUCCAGCUUGAACAUUUCUUCAGAAAGAUACAGUCUUUGUAGCAAUUGCGAUGUGUGUGUUACUGUUCUCUGUGUGUAUAUGUACAUGUUACAUAUAUUACAAAUAUAUAUAUGUGUGUGUGUGUAUAUAUGUGCAUAUAUAUAUAUAUGCAUUGCAAUAUUUAUUAUAUGUAUUGGCUAAUGAUUGAGAGAGUUAAAUUUGCACAGAUAAUUGAUUUGAUACAGAAAUAUCUUAUACAUAGAUGUGUGCAAGUAUAUUUAUAUAUAUAUGUAUGUGUGUAUAUGGUACUUUGCUUGAUGCAUUGUGGUAUAUUAUAUAUGUGUGCAUGUGUUUAUGUAUUCAUACACCCACACAAAAACCUCUAAUAAUAUUGAAUAAGGAUUUCAGUUGUGAAAUUUUUGUUUAUUGCUUGAAUUAGUUCUCAGUCGUUUAUGUUUCUUUCUUUGUUAAUUGGCAUCCUCAGGUGAAAAAUCUCUGUAAACAAAUAUAUGGGAGUAGAUUGAUUGGUUUAUACAGGAGUAUGGAGAGGGAUCCAUACUCGAAACGCUUGUAGUGAUUUGACAUUGAUGUGACAAUAAUUGUUUUAUAAACAAUAAGUUUUACAAAAGGCAUCGAAUUUUCAGAAACUGUAGAGCAUCAGGCCAAACAUUUAACAGUUUAUAGAUUUGAACCACUGUGAUCUGAAUUCAAAUCACACAGAAUACAGCAUUAACUUUCAUCCUUUGAAAAUCGAUGGAUUAAGUAGCAGUAAAUACAAUGGGUCGAUUUAAUUGACAUAGUAUCUCACCUACAGGCACUUGUUUUGUGCUUAUCCCUUUUGGUACCAAUCCACCUGAAACUGGUUCUACAAUACAAAUUUCCUAUUUUAAAGCGAUCUAAAUUAAAAGCUUCCAUUAAUAAAAGAUCAUGUUAAUUUAUGUUCCAAACAUCCAACUUAAUAAUGACAAAAUUAUUUUUAUUAAAUUCUUCGGUCCUUGGCAUUAUAUUGUAUUCCAGUUACAGAUAUGGAGGCAGCUAUCCUUAUUAUACACUGAGGUAAUUUAUCCCUUAAUCCUAGUCUUCAUCAUAAAACCCAAGUGUCAAUUACCACAACAUUCCAGGGGUCGAUAGCAUAAAGUGCCAGUCAAGUACUGAAAUCAAUUUCAGAUUCUUUUAUGCUUCCUAGAUGUGUUAGGGAAUAUUUUUGAAACUAAAGACUGGCACUCCAUUGGUAACACUGAUGAAGGUUUGCAGUUGGUCCAAUCAAUGGAACAAUCUGCUCAUGAAAUUAACGUGCAAGUGGCUGAGUACUCCACAGAUAUACGUACCCUUAACAUCGCCCUCAGGGAGAUUUGGCGUGAUACAGAAUGUGACAAAAUCGACCUUUUGAAAUACAAGUACUACUCAUUUUUACUAGCUGAGUGAACUGAAACAACAUGAAAUAAAGUGUCUUGCUCAAGAACAUAAUGCACGAUUAAGAAUCAAACUCAUAACUUUACAAUCGUGAGCCAGAUACCCUAACCUCUAAGCCAUGUGCCUUGUAAAAGGAAUAACUUCAAAAGAUGUCCACAUGUCUGUUAGCGAAUUGAUGCUCACACUAUCUCACCAGUAUCCCUACAUGGCUACUGACUCCUUAAUGUGUGUCUCCUCAACAUAGAACUGUGUAAGAUAACCCAAGCUACAGAGGUUCAAGUCACCCUGUAGGCACAGAAAUAAGUACCAGAUUCUUCUGUGAAAGUUACUUCUAAUAAACUAGAACCCUGUCCUUGGUUAGAUUUCUCUCUUACAUCUUAUGGAUUUACCUUGUGUGUGGAAUUUCUUUUUUUUUUUUAAAUCUUAAAUAUAAAUAAAUUCAAGCUAUUUGUAAACUGGAAAUCAUCGAAGUUAUUUUUGAAUUAUUGGUAAUUGAAACAAUUUAGGCUAUUUCUAGCAAACAAAGGGCUGUGUCUCUGGUAUUGCAAGAAAUAGAUGCAGCCAAACCUCCCUUAAAUUAUAUUUAACAUCUUGAAAAGCGAGGGACCUGUUAGAUAAUGUAAUCCUAGAAAGGCAAUGCUGUCCAAAAGAAGGGCAGAUCUGUUGUGGUUGUAACACACUUGAUCAAUGGUCUGUCCACUUAAGGUUGGCCUGGGGCUAAACUACUGCAGCAGUCUACGUUAUUUGUAGACUGUGAGCUGGAAAUUUUUGGAAGUUUCUAAUGAGAAAGAUGUCAUGUGAGGUUAGUGAAGGGGCAGUUCCCAAGAAAUUAUAUGUUAGUGUGAGGAGGAAGAGAUUGCAUAAGGGGUGGGGAAGAUGCCAUGAGAACAUCACAACCAGAUGAUUUUGAAACCAAACUAAAUUCUAAUAAUUAAUCACUUCAAAAAAAGUCUGUUUUUCCUAAAAUUUAUUAAUUAAUUAUUGUUACGUUCAUUUUAUAGUUCUUAUUUUUUGUAAGAUAAAAACAAGAUAUUUCAACUUUAUUCUCAAGUAUACACAUGUAUAUGUAUAUAUUUGUGUGUAUGUGU